CGCCUGGCCGUGGGGAGACUCAACAGGGACCCGGAUCUGAGCCGGGGUUACUGGUGGGACGCGGUGCUGCUCCCCGAGCCGUGCCAAACCCCGCAGGCGGUGACGGCGCUGCUGGGCGCGGAGCGUUACGCCUCGGGUUUGGUGGGUCCCCUGAACCCCGCCGUCUGCGGGGCCGCGGAGCUGCUGGCGGCGGCGUGGAACAAACCUUUGGUGUCGUGGUCGUGCGUGGGGGACGGGGGAGGAGAGGGGGACACUUUGGUGGCGCCCAUCCCGGCGCCGGGCGCGGUGCUGCACGCGGUGCUGAGAUAUUUCCGCUGGGCGCACGUGGCCGUGGUGACGGCGAGGAACGACGCCUGGAGGGAGAUGGGCCGGGGGCUGGCGCAGGAAAUGAGGGGCAGGGGGCUGCCGGUCAGC